AUGGUUAAUCCAAAAGGUUAUCGUCGUGGAACUCGUUAUAUGUUUGCUCGACCUUUCCGUCGACAUGGAAUUGAGCCACUCUCUACAUUCUAUAGAGUUUAUAAGCGUGGAGACAUUGUUACUGUUAAGGGAAAUGGAGCUUUUCAGAAGGGAAUGCCUCAUAAAGCAUAUCAUGGAAAAACAGGUCGGGGAUUUUUUAAAUUUAUCAAAUUACUUUUAUUUAUAUUUGUAGGCAAAGUUUUCAACGUGACUAAACAUGCGCUCGGCGUUAUUGUCAACAAACGUGUUAGGAAUCGCAUCAUUCCAAAGCGUAUUAAUGUUCGUGUGGAGCAUGUUAAGCCGUCUGGCUCGCGUUCCGAGUUUUUGAAACGAUGCAAGGAGAAUGACCAACAGAAGCGUGAUUUUAAAGAAGGAAAGGCUAAAUUUGUUCCGCUUAAACGUAAACCGCAAGAGCCACGUAGUGCACAUCUGGUAAAGGUGCGAAAAGCUUUGCAAAUUGAAAUGUUGGCUCCUGUCAGAUUCGAAAUUGUUGCUUAG